UUUUGUCAGCCGAUUGGGGGGCACGUGCCCCCCCCAUAGUUACGCCACUGCACUCACGCUCACUCACACCACCACGCACAUAAACCUUUCCCAACAAAACCCAGUCACGACCAGUCUUCUCGUGAGCGGAAGCAUGGUAAUAUUAUGUGCUCAAUCAAACUACCGCCCGGUAAAGACUUCUCCUCUGAUCGCAUCACUUGUUCCGAAUCCUCGGAUGUAACAGGUUGCUCUCUGCAUCCUCCGGUAGGCCUACACGUCAAAGAUCUUUCUGUCAUUUACCAGUCCUGGUUGGACAACUUUCCACCUGAAUGUGAGACGAAGUUUGAUCAUCAGCCAGCCUUGGAGGUACAACAAUGGCAUUUCUCGAGGGAAACACAACAUCGAAAACGCUCUACCAAAACCCUUACGCUGACCAGGUUGUCAUCCACACUAUCGUUCAGGUAUGGACCACAUUCAACGCCAUCGUUGGCACAUGCGGUAACAUCAUGAUCAUCGCUGCUGUUAUUAUUUAUCACAAACUCCGCAAUAUCGGUAGGUCACAAUUUUAAUUCACAUUCCCGAAAUCUCAUUCUUAAAUUUAUGAAGAGGUAUAGCGGUACGGAAGCUUAUAGGUGUUAACCGUUUGACGAGAUGAGAAGACGGAUUUGACCUUCUUUUUCGGACAAGGUCCUGGACGCAAGGUGAUGAGUUGUUGAAACUUGAAUAGUCAACUUGUCUGGGGCAACAGGACAAGAUGACAAGUGUUUGACCAACCUUUUUUGUCCUGAAUUAUUCGAUUUGGGAAGUUUCAAAAUUUCUUCAUGUCCCAAUUAAACAAGUUGACUCGCCAUAUCCCAGCAACUCCUCAUCUUGUCCAAAGCAAAUCGACUGGCCAAGUGUCAACAACUCAUUACCUUGUUUUCUUGUCCCAAACAUAUCUACUUCUGAAUUUUAACAACCAGUGAUUUUUACCUUUUCCCCCAAAUAAGUUGACUUGCCUACUAUUCGUCUUCUCGUCAUUUGG